AUGUCAGAUUCACAAGAAAAUAAACCAGUUGAAACUCCAACUGAAGUUAAACCAGUUGCUGAAAAGAAACCAGCUGCUGAAAAGAAAGAAAAGAAACCAGCUGUAAAGAAAGUUGGUGUCAUGGAAACUCUCCAAACUCCAGAUUACGUCAAAGAAAGAAUUGAAAUUUGGGAAAGUUUAAAAGCAAAACACUUAGAAUCACUUAAAGAUAUGAAAGAAGAACCAAUUAAUGUUACUUUACCAGAUGGUAAAGUUGUAGCAGGUAUUAAAAAUAAAACCACCCCAUAUGAUAUUGCAAAGGGUAUUUCAAGAGGUCUUGCUGAUUCAAUUGUUUCAUCAAAAGUUAAUGGUGAACAAAUUUGGGAUAUCUCUAGACCACUCGAAGCUGAUUGUAAUUUACAAUUAUGUAAAUUUGAUUCUGAAGAAGGUAAAAAAACUUUUUGGCAUUCAUCUGCUCAUAUUUUAGGUCAAGCUAUGGAAAGAAUUUAUGGUGGUCAAUUAUGUAUUGGUCCAGCCACUUCUGAAGGUUUUUAUUAUGAUAUGGCUAUGGGUGAUAAGAUUGUAUCAGCAGAAGAUUAUAAAUUAAUUAAUGAAGUAGCACAAAAGAUUGUUCAAGAGAAACAACCAUUUGAAAGAUUAGCAGUACCAAGAGAUAUUGCAUUAACUAUGUUUAAAUUUAACAAAUACAAGACUGAAAUCAUUUCAAAGAUUCCACAAGAGGAUACUGUAUCAUUAUAUCGUUGUGGUACUUUAGUUGAUUUAUGUAGAGGUCCACAUGUACCAAAUACUAGUUAUAUUAAAUCAUUUGCUGUUACCAAGAAUUCAAGCGCUUAUUGGUUAGGUAAAGCUGAAAAUGAUGAUUUACAAAGAGUCUAUGGUAUCUCUUUCCCAGAUAAAAAACAAAUGGAAGAAUAUGAAAAUUUCAUGAGAGAAGCUGCUCUCCGUGAUCAUAGAAAUGUUGGUAAAGCUCAAGAACUCUUCUUUUUCCAUCCAUAUUCACCAGGUAGUGCUUUCUUUUUACCACAUGGCACUAGAAUUUAUAAUAAAUUAGUUGAAUUUAUUAGAGAAGAAUAUCAUAGAAGAGGAUUUACUGAAGUUAUUUCACCAUCAAUUUUCUCACAAAAACUUUGGGAACAAUCAGGACAUUGGCAAAAGUAUUCCGAAAAUAUGUUUGUAUUACCAGUUGAUAAAGACAAUUUCUCAUUGAAACCAAUGAAUUGUCCAGGUCAUUGUUUAAUGUUUGGAUCACGUCAAAGAUCAUAUCGUGAAUUACCAUUACGUUUUGCAGAUUUUGGUGUUUUACAUCGUAAUGAAUUAGCAGGUGCAUUGACUGGUUUAACUCGUGUACGUAAAUUCCAACAAGAUGAUGCUCACAUCUUUUGUACCACCGAAAUGAUUGAAGAUGAAAUCAAUAGUUGUUUAGGUUUCAUGCAAUAUGUUUAUGGUAUUUUUGGUUUCGAAUUUGGUUUAGAACUUUCAACUCGUCCAGACAAUUUCCUUGGUGAAAUCGCUCAAUGGGAUAUUGCUGAAGCCUCCCUCGAGAAAGCCCUCAAUAAAUUUGGUAAACCAUGGAAAUUAAAUCCAAAAGAUGGUGCUUUCUAUGGUCCAAAGAUUGAUAUUCACAUCACCGAUUGUCUCAAGAGAAGUCAUCAAUGUGCCACCAUUCAAUUAGAUUUCCAAUUACCAAUUCGUUUCGAUUUAGAGUAUCAAUCUGAUGAUGCUGCCGAACUCAAAAAGAGACCAGUUAUCAUUCAUCGUGCUAUCUUGGGUUCCGUCGAAAGAAUGAUGGCAAUUUUAAUCGAACAUACCGGUGGUAAAUGGCCAUUAUGGGUCUCACCACGUCAAGCUAUCGUCGUCACUGUCAAUAAAACUCACAAUGAAUACGGUCAAAAGGUUUGUAAAGAAAUCUCUGAUGCUGGUUUCUAUUGUGAUAUCGAUGAUUCCGAUAAAACUAUCUCUAAAAAAGUUCGUGAAGCUCAACUUGCUCAAUACAAUUACAUCUUGGUCGUUGGUCAAGAAGAAAUUAAUGGUAACACCGUCAAUGUUCGUACUCGUGAUAAUGUCGUUAGAGGUUCUUUAACUGUUAAUGACUUAAUCUCUGAAUUCAAACAAUUAGUUAAAGAAUUUAAAUAA